UGUCGCUCAACGGCUCUGGUACAAUUCUCCUUGCUUCCUUCACUCCUCAUCGGGCUCUAUAGUAUGCUUGGUCGCUAUCUGCUCUGCUACUGACCAUGGCGUCUGAAUUUAUCGGCUACGAUGUGCUCGUGACUUUACGAACGCCCCCAAAUGCAACCGUGCAAGGAGAAGUGGCCAAUGUCAUCGGCCAGCGUCUGCUUCUUCGGAAUGUCAAGCUAUCUUGGAUUGGACAUGCGCUUCCGACCUACUCCGUCGACGCCCCGGACAUCGCGGACCUCUCUCUAGCACCCUCAACCCAGCCCGCCACCGAACCGGUCCCCGCAACCCAAGAGACAGUCAAUACCACCUUUGCGCCGCCAGCUCCGCCCGCAGCACAACCGUUUGUUGAUCCCGCGAUUCUGAGCUACUCGAAACCCCCGCUGAAACCAGUCGGCCAGAGCCUAGAAGCAGGGGCACCACCGCCGCUUCAGUCCACCCCCGUUACCCGGUCGGGCACUCAAAAUCCUCAGUUAUCCCAGCAUCCCAGUCGCGACCAGGCUGCAGUCCUGACUGAACCGUUCAGUAACCUCGAGUUGGAUGUAAACAAGACCGCACUCGACAACACACCUGCAGCGCAACCAGGGACUCCCGGGCAGCCGACCUUACAUUACGGCCCCAAGGCCAACCGCCGCGGCGGUGCGCCUAAGGCGCCAAAGGUCGUCAAUGAGCAUGAUGGGGCGGCCAAUACGAACCCGAAGACCAGGGGCUGGCGCCAGACGGCCUUUACCGAACCCUCGCACCCACAGUUGGCGGAGGCUCGCAACAAGCAGCGCCGGAAGAAGAAAGGCAGAGCCAAUUAUGCCGAGGAUCCGAAUGGUUGGGCGACAGAGGACGCCACGGAUAUUCAGGAAAUGGGCGAAUUUGAUUUUCAGAGCAAUCUGUCCAAGUUUGACAAGAGACGGGUCUUCGAAGAAAUCCGCAACGACGACACUACCGCCGAUGAGGAACGCCUGGUCAGCUUCAACAGAAGACCAAAACCGGGGACCAAUGGUGGCAGGAACCUGCAUUGGACGGAAAACGUGCUCGAUAGUCUUGGGGAGAGUGAGGAAGAGCUCACCACUGACCACGUCCCGAGCGACGCCAAGCUUAGCAGCGGCACCUAUUCAGGCCGCGAACGAAAAAGAUCCUCCAUGGCGCCACCCUCGCGCAAAGGCAGUGCCAUUCUGGGACAGCCAUUGGUUCCUGCACAGGUCAACUCACUUGGUCGUAGUCAAUUGAGCACCUCUCGAACCACCAGCCCACGCCCGAACAAAACCUCUGUUUCAGCAUCGCCGAUAAGCGGCCCCGGUGUGCCGGGUGCUUCCCUGCGACUCACAACCACGAACAGAAGCUGUCCAACCGUGAGCCCGCUACAGACGCUUGAGGUUGAGCAGAUUGCCGUCGCCGAGCUCGGCCUCACCGAGGACAUGCUCACAGAAAACACCGGACGAGGCAUUGCGGAAGCCGCCGUCGGUCUCCUGGCCAGUGAUGCAGCCGCCCCCACCAUGCUUAUUCUCACGGGCAAUCACCGGACUGGGGCAAGAGCUAUCUCGGCUGCUCGCCAUCUGCGCAACCGUGGCCACCGUGUCACUGUCUGCAUGCUAGGCAUCGAGCACGAAAACGAGCUGCUGGAGAACUGUCGCAAGCAACUCGAUGUGUUCAAGAAGAUUGGCGGUCGAGUCCAUCGAUGGGAAGAUCUCUCCGCCCGACUGUCAACCUCCGAAUUUGCGCCUGACUUGGUCGUCGAUGCACUCUUUGGAAUUCACAUCGCCUUUGAAGACCUCCGCACCGACGACCAAGCAACUGCUUUCGAAAUGAUUUCGUGGGCUAACAGAAGUAACCUCGAAAUCUUGUCUGUCGACGUCCCCUCGGGUCUGUCGGCGAUUAGUGGCGAAGUGACAGUGGUGGAGGGUGGUCGAGUCUGCAUCAAUGCCAAGUCGGUGGUUUGUCUCGGCGCUCCGAAGACCGGUAUCGUCAAUGCCUUACUCUCGGGCGAAGGCUUAUCUUGGAACCUCUCGGUGGCAGACAUUGGGAUCCCACAGAUUGUGUGGAGGAAAUACGGCAGUCGACGACGCCACGGCAUCGACUUUGGCAACCGGUGGGUGGUGCCCCUACGUUACCAGCCACCCCCUAUCACCCAUUCGGAAUGGGCCUCGGAGGACGCAUUCUCCGCCAGCGCCGGCGCGGGCGUCUCGCGCGCGAAACGCGGCGGCGUGGACACGAGCUUCAAGCGCCUGCCCUUUAACUUCUGCUCGCUCUCGCUCCAACCGUUUGCGCACCCGGUGUGCACCCACGAGGGCACGGUUUUCGACCUGACCAACAUCCUCCCCUGGAUCAAGAAGCACGGGACGAAUCCGGUGAACGGGCAGCCCCUCAAGAGCGCCGACCUCAUCAAACUCCACCUGGCCAAGAACGAGGCGGGCGAGUACGUCGACCCGGUCACCUACAAGGUGUUCACCGACAACACGCACAUCGUCGCGCUGCGACCGUCGGGGAAUGUCUUCGCGUGGGACACCGUCGAGCGGCUGAAUAUCAAGGGCAAGCUGUGGCGGGAUCUGGUCACGGACGAGGAGUUCACCCGCAAGGACAUCAUCACGCUGCAGGAUCCGCAGAACAUCGAGUCGCGCAACCUCAGCUCGUUCAACUACAUCAAGGAAGGGGAGAGCGGGUUGACCGACGAGCAGAUCCGCGAGCGCGAGGAUCCCGCGAAUAACGUCAACGCCAAUGCCCUAGGUAGUUCGGCCAAGAUUCUCAAAGCCAGGGAGGCGGUGGCCAAGGCUCGUUCGGAGAGGGCGCAGCGCGCAGGCGUCGCGGGUGCUGCCGCUGCUGCCUCGAAGGACUUAGCGAAGACCGGCGGGUCUGGUCCUGCUGCUGCCUUGUCACAGGUGAAAAAGUCGGCCGCCGCGGCCGGGAAAGCGACGCCCUAUAAUGCCGCUCGGCAUACGACGGGGUUGGCUGCUGCCUCGCUCACGAGCACGGGGAUGACUCCGCACACGGCGGCUGACCUCGCGCUGCUGUCGGACGAGGAGUACAUGCUGAAGCGGGGUCGCGUGAAGCAGAAGGGCUACGCGCGCAUCUCAACCACCUCCGGAGACAUCAACCUGGAACUGCACACCGAGUAUGCUCCCAAGGCGGUGUGGAAUUUCAUCAAGCUCGCCAAAAAGGGCUACUACAGGGAUGUUACCUUCCAUCGCAACAUCAAGGGCUUCAUGAUUCAGGGUGGAGAUCCGUCGGGGACUGGGCGAGGAGGGGAGAGUAUCUGGGGCAAGUAUUUCAACGACGAGUUCGAGGGGCCGCUCAAGCACGACUCUCGGGGCACCCUCAGUAUGGCCAACAAGGGCAAAAACACGAACAGCAGUCAAUUUUUCAUCGCCUACCGCGCUCUCCCUCAUCUGAACCACAAACACACCAUCUUUGGCCACGUCAUUGACGAUCCGACCCCGUCGUCUCCAACCUUGAACAAGCUCGAGACCCACCCCACCAACUCUACGACCAACCGCCCUACCCCAGACAUCCGCAUUACCGACGUGACCAUCUUCGUGGACCCGUUUGAGGAGUUCCUGAAGCAAAAGCAGCUCGAGGAUGCCAAGGCCAGGGGCCACCUUACCGAUCCGGCGGAAGAGGAGCAGAACGCACGGCGUGAGGACGACGACCGUGUUACCUGGACGGGGAAGAGGGUGCGUGGUGCUGGCGCUGGGUCUACGGAGGAAGGCUCGGCCGGCGUAGGGAAGUAUCUCAAGGCCGCCCUGGCCGAGCGAGCGGGUCAGGCGGAGGAUGAGAUCGUCGAGUUUGUGGAUGAUGAGCCCGAGCCGGAACCGGUACGGAAGAAGAUGAGAGGUGGAGGAGGGUUCGGAGAUUUCAGCUCGUGGGAUUGAGAUUGGGUGUAUCUCGGGAGUUUAGGGUUCAGUGCAUCGUCUAUUGGUCUGUGGGGUUUCUCUGGGAUGGAUCUUGGCUCAGGUAAUGACCAGGUGUGGGUGAACAAAUGAAUGAGUGGCGUGGUUCAAAUGUGUCACCAUGAUGCUGCAGGUGUUUUAACUUACUAGUAGUAAUUAGCUUAGUUAGUUGACCGUGUAUGUAAGCGAACUAAAAAGUUGCCGAU